AUGCGUCCCCCUGUCUGCAGGAGCUGCCUUGGGGCUCUCCUGAAAUUUCUGAAUUUCCUGCAGGCUUUCAUCGGGGUCUCCAUAAUUGUGUACUCCGUGUGGAUGCUCACCAAGUGGAGCGGGCACGAUUCGGCCCUCCUCGGCGGGACACUCGGCGAUUCCAACUCGCUUCCUGAGCCAUGGUACGGAGGACCUUGGUCCCACUGAUCCUGCGCCGUUCUUGAUCUCCGUCGCUGUGUAGAUCCUCGCUCACCCGGCGGCGUGACUUUGGUUUGUCUCUCAGGUUUAUUUACCUCUUCAUGGCCAUCGGAGUGUCGGUGUGCGCAAUCACCUCCACGGGGCACAUUGCUGCGGAAUCAAUUAACGGCUGCUGUCUAUGUUUCGUAUCCUCGAUUGCGUCAACGCUCGCCAGUCUUCUCUUGAUUUCGCUCUGUCAUUAUUUUAUGGUACAUUUUAGGGUUUUGGAGAUCAUUUCCCAUGGAAGGGUGGGUUAUGGGGACGAGGUUUCUUCAAGAUCUGCCCAUCUUUUCCCCUCGGAUCGAGUGCCUUGUUCUAAAGGAAUCAACCCAUGCCUUGUUGUUAUUCCUUUUCCUCUUACAUGCUAAUUAGAUUUCAUAUCCUGAGGGUUCUGACCCAAAAUUACCAUCGCAUAAUUAUUUACUUAAAUUGUCCAACUCGAUUCAGAUAUCGAAAUAAAAAAACUAAUAAUUUCUAAAACAAUUCUUUUUGUCGUGCUUAAUAGAUUUUCGAUUUUAAUCUGUAUUUGUCAAAUUGGAUGCAUCCAACUCAUCAUGUCCGGUAUCUAGAAUGCCUUCCUGGUUAUAUCGCAUCUUGGAUUAGCCAUCCCUUAGAGUGUAUCGUUGAAAGAUCAUCAAUCCCAAAUGAAAUACAUGUAAAAGUGGCUUGCUGGAGACCCAGAGUUUCAUCUUAAUGAAGAUCAUAAACACGGGAACCGGAGAGAUGUCAAAUCAUGAGCACGCAUGUUAUUCUUCAACCUGUUAUGUGACACGUUAUGAGAAACUCCCUCCACUCCUUUCUAAAAUAGAAUACUAUUUUAUUUUCUGACACAUAAUAGAUCUGAAAAACAGGAGAAAGAACUGUUCCCCGAGAAUGCUGUUAUAAUAUUCCUUUUUCAGAUAUAUACUGUAUCCCAGAGUAUACUGGAGAUAUCAUAGGGUCCCACUUUCUAUGCCUUAAAAUAUUGAAUUUUCUUAACUUUGGUGGGCAUAGUAUGCUGUAUUGAUCUCCGCGCUGAUUCUGUUUGAAGCUUCUGUAGUGGCUAUUCUGAUGCUCAACACGCACUGGGAGGAGGUGAAGGCUUCUUUUUUUUCCUGAGAUUUUGCUUUUUUCGUCUACUCAUAACUAAAUUUACUCCUCGCAGGACCUUCCCCGUGACCGCACAGGAGAGCUUGAUAGGCUCAAAAAGUUCAUUGAAGUAAACAUUGACGUGUGUAGAUGGGUCGGUGUGACUGUGAUUAUUAUUCAGGUGCUCGACUGACUUGGCUUUUAUAUAAUCACCACAAUGUUUGAGGCCUGAUUCAUCUUUUCCCUCGUAAUAUUUUUUUUUACUUUCAAUUUUCCAUUUAGUUGCAGGAAAUCUGAUUGAUUUUUGGGUCAUCUUGGGAAUGCCUACCUCGGAUCUUGUUAAUUUUAUCAGAAAUGCUGCUCACGAUAUCUGGAUAUUUUUUUCUCUGAUGUAUUUUUGCGCAUAAUAAAAAAAAUAUUUGAAUUUUACAUUUAGUUAAUGACAGGGAAAAGUUCAUGAGAUCCAUAUCUAAGUCACACCAGCUGCAAUUUCAGGAAAUCUGAUUGAUUUUUAGGUUAUCUUGGGAAUGCCUACCUCGGAUCUUAUAAAUUUUAUUAGAAACACUGCUCACGAUCUCUGGAUAAAUAUUUUUCUAAUGAAUUUUCGCUCAUAAUAAAAAAAACUAUUUGAAUUUUCUUAGUUAAUUACAGAGGAAAAGUUCAUGAGAAGCAUAUAUAAAGUCACACCAGCUGCAGUUGCAGGAAAUCUCAUCAAGUUCAUUUGAAAUGGUACCCAUAUGAAGCUUCAUGGUGCUCACAUCGCCCGCCUCAUCCUUGCACAAGAUAAUCUGAAUUUAUUGUGUACUAAUUCAGCUAUUUUUCCAUUUCCGUCGUCCUAAAACUGGGAAAUCAUGGGCAUUUGGGUUUGAUUCCAGUCCAAGAUUGCCUUUGUUUUAGGAAUCUGAUUGAUUUCAUAUGAUCAUAUGAUCAUGCUCAGGCCUGUGCAGCUCUCAAUCACUCAUCUCGCCCUUUCAGCUCCGAUGGAUCUUUGGAUAACAAAAAUGGUGGUUUUUUUGGCAGGCCCUGUCUCUCUUUUUGGCACUGAUUCUCCGCAGCUUGGCGCCGACGACCCGUCGCUCCGACAGCGACGACGAUCUUCCCACGGUGAGGGCGCCGCUGCUGUACCCACACUACGGAUCGGCGGCACCUGGUGCUGCCUCCCCAGACGGGAAAGUCAACUCGGAUAUUUGGAGCACCCGCGUGAGGGAGAAGGUACGAGCGGGCUGAGAUUAUCCCUAAAUAAUAUAUAUAUAUCACCAUCCGAUAUUUUGUGGGUAUUUUCUAUUCUCGGAAUGCAGAAUCGUGUUUGCUUCGAUUUAACUGUUGGAAAAGAUUCUUGAAAAUUUUAUUUCUGCGGUUAAUCGUGUUUUCUUCUUGUUUAUGUUGCUAAGAUCAUGGAAUUAUUAUGUGAAUGAAACAGUGUUGUCGCUCGUUCUUGGCUCUCUCUCUCUCUCUCUCUCUCUCUCUCUCUCUCUCUCUCUCUCUCUCUCUCUCUCUCGCAUAUUCUACGCCUUGGCUAUGGUUUCUCAUUCACAGUUCCUUCUCGCUCUCUGCAUGCAGUACGGGUUGAACCAGGGCGUAUUCCCGUAUGCUCCCUCUCAAGGGCCCUGA